AUGAGGAUGGAUCAGGACUGGGCGGUGGACCACUCUGCUGUGUCGCCAGAAAUUGGAGUACAAAUACAAGUGGAGGAAAACGAAGAGGAUACGGAGGAAUGCUCUAGUGAAGAGGAGUCAGAGGAGGAAGAUAGACUACCCCGGAGAGAGAGCUUGAGACCAAAGCGGAAACGGACCAGAGACAUUAUCAAUGAAGAUGAGUGGGAGGUAAACAUCUUGGCAAAGCAAGAAGGUGGGAUUUACUAUUGUACUUGGCUUCUUUUUCAGAAAUGGGUGAAAUUUCUCCGUGACUUCGAGAACUUCAAAGCUGCUUGUGUUCCGUGGGAAAAUAAAAUUAAGGCAAUUGAAAGUCAGUUUGGAUCGUCCGUGGCCUCCUAUUUCCUCUUCUUGAGAUGGAUGUAUGGAGUCAACAUGGUUCUCUUUGUCUUGACAUUCAGCCUCAUCAUGUUGCCAGAGUACCUCUGGGGCUUGCCUUACGGCAGUAUGCCUAGGAAGACCGUUCCCAGAGCCGAGGAGACAUCCGCAGGGAACUUUGGUGUGCUCUACGACUUCAAUUUUUAUAUAAAGUUUUCUGGGCUCUUUUGGGGCUACUAUGACAACCGACGAACCAUUGGAUGGAUGAGUUUCAGGUUGCCCCUCUCCUAUUUUCUGGUUGGCAUUAUGUGCAUUGGAUACAGCUUUCUGGUUGUCCUCAAAGCAGAAUGCCUUCUGCCUGAGGAGCGAGAAGAGAUAAGGCACAUAGUGACUAAGCAGGAGCUCCCUGCAAGAGAAGCUAUCAUGGAAGAAAAAGCUGCCCAAGUAGAAGAGAACGUCCACUUGAUAAGAUUCCUGAGGUUUCUCGCUAACUUCUUCGUGUUUCUAACACUUGGCGGGAGUGGAUACCUCAUCUUUUGGGCAGUGAAGCGAUCCCAGGAAUUUGCCCAGCAAGAUCCUGACACCCUUGGGUGGUGGGAAAAAAAUGAAAUGAAUAUGGUUAUGUCUCUUCUGGGGAUGUUCUGUCCAACUCUGUUUGAUUUAUUUGCUGAAUUGGAAGACUACCAUCCCCUCAUUGCUCUGAAAUGGCUGCUGGGACGUAUUUUUGCCCUUCUUUUAGGCAACUUGUAUGUGUUUAUUCUUGCCUUGAUGGAUGAAAUUAACAACAAGAUUGAAGAGGAGAAGCUAGUUAAAGCCAAUAUUACCAUCUGGGAAGCCAAUAUGAUCAAGGCCUACAAUGCAUCGCUCUCUGGAAAUAGCACUGGGCCACCUUUUUCUGUCCACCCAGCAGAUGUGCCUCGAGGACCCUGCUGGGAAACCAUGGUGGGACAGGAAUUCGUGCGGCUGACCGUCUCUGAUGUUCUGACAACCUAUGUCACAAUCCUGAUCGGAGAUUUUCUCAGGGCCUGUUUUGUCAGGUUUUGCAAUUACUGCUGGUGCUGGGAUUUGGAAUAUGGAUAUCCCUCGUACACGGAAUUUGACAUCAGUGGCAAUGUCCUUGCUCUGAUCUUCAACCAAGGCAUGAUCUGGAUGGGCUCCUUCUAUGCCCCCUGCCUCCCUGGCAUCAACAUUCUUCGACUGCACACAUCCAUGUAUUUCCAGUGCUGGGCCGUGAUGUGCUGCAAUGUCCCCGAGGCCAGGGUCUUCAAGGCUUCCAGAUCGAAUAACUUCUACCUGGGCAUGUUGCUGCUCAUCCUCUUCCUGUCCACCAUGCCGGUCUUGUACAUGAUCGUCUCGCUGCCGCCGUCUUUUGACUGCGGUCCAUUCAGUGGCAAAAAUCGGAUGUUCGAAGUCAUUGGUGAGACACUGGAGCAUGAUUUCCCCAGCUGGAUGGCGAAGAUCUUGAGACAGCUUUCCAACCCUGGACUGGUCAUCGCUGUCAUCUUGGUGAUGGUUUUGGCCAUCUAUUAUCUCAAUGCCACCGCCAAGGGGCAGAAGGCAGCAAAUCUGGAUCUGAAGAAGAAGAUGAAAUUGCAAGCUUUGGAGAACAAAAUGCGAAACAAGAAAAUGGCGGCUGCGCGGGCAGUUUCUCUGUUCUCCAUGGAAUUCCCAUUAUUUGAUUAUUGA